AUGCUUACAGUCGCCACCGUUGUUUUUAUAUACUACAGCGUUUUGGGUUUUGAGUGUUACCAUUUCGUUGAGACCGACAGCUUGCUUCAAAAUUUAUUCCCUCCAAGAGACUAUGCCAUCAAAUUGCCAUUGAUUUUACUUGUAAGCGCAGUUUUUGCUGUCACGGCAUUCAUUGGCAAUGUCAUCAUCAAGAACGCACAGAAGGAAAAGUUGAAAAAGAGUAAGAAAGCAAAUUAA